AACGCACGCACGUACACACGUUCGCGCGCGCGCACAUUAUUAUCGAUAUCUCUCGGCGGCCGACGGCUACGGCGGUGAUGACAAGGUAGCAGCGGCAGCGUCGGACGGCGUCUAUCUGUACAUACGCGGCGGCGGCAAACCACCAACCGACCACCACUCGUUCGUGUACACAACCGUGUCCAUCCGCGUUCGCGCCCGUGUCCGAGUGUCCGAGUAAGCAACAGUGCCAGCAGCGUGCAAUUAACACGUCGCGGUGUUACGACGACCACUCACCGUAACAAGUGAUCCGAUUAGUUUUUUUUCCGUCGCGGUCCCUGUUCGGCCGUCCGCACAAGCCGCCGCUGCCGUUCUCGUUCGUUCGCGGUACGCAACCGGUCAGCAACGGUCACGAGAUUCGUAUCGUGGUACGCGCCCCGUCGUGUACCGCCGUUCCGUUGUGUCGCUACGCGCGCGCGUUUGGUCGCCGAUAGCGCGUGCGGUGGUUGGCGAUUACUUGCGGCGCGUGAGUACGUCAAGACGCGAUUGUCCGGUGUGUGCGCGGCACCGUUGCUCGUAUCGCGUUGAUUUUUUGCAACCCGCGCGGUUGAUAUACAGCUAUUAUUGACCGAUUGCAUUCGAACGUGUUGAUGAUCUCGUCUCCUAAUAGAACAAUACAUAUUUUUAUAUAGCGUAUUAAACAUUAUAAUUGUACGCGUUUGUGCGUGAUACUACGAGUGUUAUCCUUCGCCAACAGUGAAUCAUGUCAUCAGAGUCAAUUACUCUAGUCAAUACAAUGAUAGUGCCAGAUACGAGUGGUAGCCGUGGUGACUAUCGUCCCAAGCAUUGGUACUGAAAUCUAAAACAUCGGCAUCAAACUGUACACAAUUGGCUCAUAGCGGAGAUUUCAUUUUGCAAGGACUAACAUAAAUAAAAUACAUAAUUUACUGAAAAAAGACUAAUAUGAGACAGGGACGUGGUGGGCAACGUAGUAAAAAAUCUGGUUGCAGUAGACGUGGUGGAGGCGCCGGAGGUGGAAGUGCCGCUGGAGCUGGUAAUGCUGUAGGUGGAGGUGGUUCAGCAGUGGCAUUGGCUGCUACUCUUGUUGAUGAUGGUUUAGGUGGUGGUGGAGGGCCUGGAGGACCAGGAGGUUCUGCAGCAGCCGCUGCAGCUGCAGCAGCUGCAGCAGCAGCAGCAGCAGCUUCUUCUUGGAAGACUGGCGGUGGUCCUGGUGGACCAGGUGGUGGUCCAGGAGAUCCAUUUGGUAUGGGAUAUGGUGGUGGCCCAGGAGGACCUGGUAGUGGUGGUCCAUAUCAGCAACAUCAUCAGCAACAAGGUCAUCAGUCUCCAUCAUUAUUUCAUCAGCAACAAGGAUCUCCUGCUCCUGGAGGUGGCCCUUAUGGCGGUGGUGGUGGUGGCAAUAGCACUCCACAACACCAACAACAACAACACUACAGCCCAUCGACCCCUGGAGGUGGAGGUUCUUCCACACCUGUACCUUAUGGUGGUGGACCUGGCACUCCAAAUAGUCAACAUGGAGGCGGUGGUGGACCAUUUAAUGGUGGAGGAGGAGCACAGAUGCCGUUUGGAUCGCCUUCUUCAGUGAGUUCUGGAGGGGGUGGAGGAGGAUUUGGUAGUGGAGGCCCUGGUAGUAAUCGUCCUGGUUCUGGACCUCCACCUCCACAACAAUCACCAUUUGGCGGACAACAAUUUUAUGGUGGGAGUGGAGGUGGUCCUAUGCCACCAGGCUCGCCAUUUAGCCAGCAACAACAAAUGAUGAAUCAUCAUGGAGGUGGUGGUGGAGCUGGUGGUGGAAUGAUGAAUGCUGCAGACACGGGUCCAGGCGGCCGAAUGAUGGUUGAUCACCCAUCAUGUUUUCCAUCAUCAAUGGUUGGAGGACCUGGUGGUCCAGGUGGUGGGGGAGGACGUCGAGGAUAUGGUGGACCUGGAGGAUAUGGAGGAGGACCACCUGGGCAUCAUGGAGGAGGUCCUCCUGGACACCAUGGUGGUAGUGUAUUAAGUGGACCUCAUGGUGGACCUCCAGGACAUUUAGGAGGUGGCGUGCAUCAUAGUGGUCCUUCUGGACAUCAUGGAGGGCCUCCUGGUGGUCCCCCUCAUCACGGAGGAGGAGGCCCCCCAGGACUUCAUGGUGGUCCUCCACAUCAUGGUGGACCACCAGGAAGCGGUCCUCAUGGUGGACCACCUCAUCCUCAUGGUGGUGGUGGACCUUCACACCAUGGUAGUGGUGUACCACUUCAUCCUCAUGGAGGUGCAGGAGGUCCUCCACAUGGCCCCCCGCAUCAUCCUCAUGGACCACCGCACCAUGGUGGACCACAUGGACCUCCACCACCACAUCCACAUCCACCACAUGCCCACCAUGUGCAGCCCGAUUACAGGAUAUUUGAAUUAAAUAAGAGGUUGCAGAAUCGUAAUGAGGAUAGUGACAAUGUUUGGUGGGACCAGUUCGGAACAGAGUUCUUUGAAGACGAUGCCACAUUAACAUUGACAUUUUGCCUAGAAGAUGGACCUAAGCGUUACACCAUCGGCCGAAACCUGAUUCCUAGAUACUUCAGAUCAAUAUUUGAAGGUGGUGUCACUGAUUUAUAUUAUCAUUUGAGGGCAAAUGCUACUAAAGAGUCUUUUCAUAAUACCAGCCUCACUCUGGACUGUGACCAUUGUACCAUGGUUACUACACAUUUGACAUCAAGUCCAGGUGGUGCAUCACCAUCUUCUAUUGCUCAGUCACCAGGACCUGGUGGACCUGGUAGUGUUGGCGGUGGCCCGCCCACUUCAUUGAAUGGUGGUAUCAGUAUGCAAAAAUCUCUGGUAGCUCAAGGUCCACCAUCGUCACAGCAAUCGGUGCUUGGAAGUGGUGGACCAAUGGGUGGUGGGGGUGGGCCUCAAUCACCACCUGUGUAUACUAGGAUAUGUACUGAAGGACGAUUGACAUUGGAAUUUACAUACGAUGAUAUGAUGAGAAUACGGACCUGGCAUUUAGCAAUAAGGCAACAUAGGGAACUGGUUCCAAGAACAGCUGCUGCUGCUGCUGUUGCUGCAGUAGUAAUGAUGCAACAACAAGGAGGACCUGGUGGUGGUGAUGGUGGACCUCCUGGUGGACCACCACCACCCAGUCCUGAAAUUGUCCACCAACAGGUGGCCAAAAAUAUUACUAGACAGGGCAUUACUAACUCGACGCUCAACUAUCUUAGACUCUGCGUCAUACUAGAACCUAUGCAAGAACUGAUGUCCAGACACAAAGCGUAUGCACUCAGUCCUAGAGACUGUCUGAAGACAACUUUAUUUCAAAAAUGGCAACGUAUGGUUGCACCACCAGAAUCGCAAAGACCAGCCAACAAACGACGCAAGCGAAAGGGCAGUAAUUCAGGCGCUGGUGGAGGCCCUCCAGCCACUCCUGGUGGUGGAGGACCUGGUGGUGGACCAGGUAGUGGGCCAACAGCUGCUUCAAAGAAACGGAGCCCAGGACCAAAUGGUGGUGGUGGUGGCGGAGCUGGUGGCGCAGGAUUCAACUUAGCAUCGCAGGAUGUAAUGGUUGUUGGAGAGCCUUCAUUGAUGGGUGGUGAAUUUGGAGAUGAAGACGAGCGUUUGAUUACGCGGUUAGAAAAUACUCAAUAUGACGCAGCCGCGGCAGCUGCUGCAGCAGCCGCAGCUGCUGCCGCUGCAGCUGCAGCAGCAAACUCAGCUGCUGUGUCUGUGAUGGGUGUGGGCCCUGGUGGUCCGGGAUCUGUAGGUUCAGCAGGAGGUAAUGAUCUACAACACAUUGGUGGUGGUCCUGGUGGUAUGGGACCAGGCAGUGGCGGUGGACCUGGAGGAAUGGGACAAGUUGGAGGCAGCGGUGGACCAAUGGGCCCAGGAGGACCAAUGAGUGGUGGUCCUGGUGGACCAAUGGGACCCGGUGGGAUGAUGGGUGAUCCACUAUUUCCUCCUCCAGGAUCUGGUGCUGAUGGUAGUGCUCCUGGGACACCUACUGGUGGCGGAGGAGGUGUUUCACAAUCCUCAUCAUCAAAUAAUCCAAAUGGUCUUCAACAACAACAAAAUUCUUGGGCAACUGGACCACCUAGUAGUGGUGGCAGCGGUGGUGGACCACCAAAUGGUGGCCCAACAGGACCAAAUGGUGGUGGUGGUCCACAGCAACAAAAUCCAGGAAGUAACCCAGGAGCUGGUGGCGGAUCAUCUGUAGGAGGUGGUAAUGGAAAUCCUGGAAGUAAUGGCGGAGGUAACCCAAAUAGUGUUGGUGACUCUAUGUCAGGUGGAGGAGAUAAAAAGUCACCUGCAUCUGCUCAACAACAGCAGCAGCAGCAUUUGGGAUUGUAAUUUUAAUUGCCUCUGUUAAUAUAUUAUUUGUAUUAUAUAUGCGAUUAUAGCGCUAACCAAUAAGCAAUACACAUAUACGCAUCUAAGUAAAAUUGUCAAGUCACCUAACGAUGUAUAAACCAAACAUUUACACGUUAAAAACAAUUUUAUAAUUUUAAAAAAUUCACAUCGCUUUAAAUGUAUACGCAAAAAAUCAGCGACUUAUUGAUCAAUUGUUUACAUUUUUUAAAUUAGAAUUGUAAAUACAACAACAAUUAUUAUUACAAUUGAUCGC